UGUGCUCCGCAACGGGAGAGGCCACAACAGUGAGAGGCCCGCGUACCGCAAAAUGGGCGAGUUACUCACCUCCCUUAGGCUCAGAUGCCUCACUACAGCAUCACUUCAGUAAGUCUGCGUCGAAUGCAUGCUUUUGGGCUUGGAGGGUAGAGGGUUGUCCUGGUUGGGGGUGGGCAUGGGUGGAUGGUUGGUGAGAGUACUGAGUUGGGGGUUCAGCUCCCAGGUGGAUCUCCGGCUUGAGCUCGGGAUUCUGAAGGUGCCUUUUACAGUCCCGCUGCAGAACCCCUCCCAGCAGCUGUUCCCAGGAGCCUAUUGUCACCUUGGGGCUUUGUAUGGCCACAGCAGGGUGGGGCGGCUUUGUCUCAGGAGGCCUGGGAAGUUGCAGCUCAGAGCACCUCAUGUGGGGGACUGAGGGGGGGUCAGGGUGUGGGUGAUCCCCAAGGGGCAGGUUCUGAGAGACUGUAAUUCCCAGUGGGGCGUAGGAAUCAGGUGAAUGCACUUUGGGGGGGUUAAUUUUGAUCACAAGGAAGGGGCUCAGAAUGUGAUGGGGGGACUCUGAGUGAGGGAUCACGGGGUGGGGGGCUGACGUCUCGGCGUGUACUCUCAGAAAAAGUGUAAUUCCUGGGGGGUGUCAAACUCUGGGUGAUCUUAAUGGGGGAGGGCCAGCAUGUGAAUUGCGGGGAUGUCUAAGUGUACGUGUGAUGGGGGUGAAGAUCCGAACGAGUGUGCCAGCGGGGUGAGUGGCUGGGCAUCGGAGUGGGCUGGUGUGGGGCAGCUCUCUGGAGGGCAGGAGCCUCUGGUCCCAGGGAGGGGAGAGUCGGAAGCAGAGCCGCCAGGAACUGACCAAUGGGGAGAGCGCCCGUAUUUGCACUCAGGAGCCUGCAAAUUCCUGGGCCCUCAGAAAUCCGCCCGACACCGUCCCCCCUCCCCCGCCCAACCCCGGGCAUAAAAGGCGCCAGGUGAGGGCCUCGCCACUCCUCUUGCCGACUGCAGCCACUCCGACCGGUGUCGCCCGCGUCCUCCUUCGCCAUGACUUCCUACAGCUAUCGCCAGUCGUCGGCCACCUCUCCCUUCGGGGGUCUGGGCAGCGGCUCCAUGCGCUUCGGGGUGGGAGGCGCCUUCCGCGCGCCCAGCAUCCACGGGGGCUCGGGUGGCCGCGGCGUGUCGGUGUCCUCCGCCCGCUUCGUGUCCUCGUCCUCCUCCGGGGGCUACGGCGGCGGCUAUGCGGGCGCCCUGGCCGGCUCCGACGGGCUGCUGGCGGGCAACGAGAAGCUCACCAUGCAGAACCUCAACGACCGCCUGGCCUCCUACCUGGAGAAGGUGCGCGCCCUGGAGGAGGCCAACGGCGACUUGGAGGUGAAGAUCCGCGACUGGUACCAGAAGCAGGGGCCCGGGCCCGCCCGCGACUACAGCCACUACUUCAAGACCAUCGGGGCCCUGCGGGACCAGAUUCUUGGUGCCACCGUUGAGAAUUCCAGGAUGGUCCUGCAGAUCGACAACGCUCGUCUGGCCGCAGAUGACUUUCGAACCAAGUUCGAGACGGAGCACGCCCUGCGCGUGAGCGUGGAGGCCGACAUCAACGGCCUCCGCAGGUUGCUGGACGAGCUGACCCUGGCCAGGACCGACCUGGAGAUGCAGAUCGAGAGCCUCAAGGAGGAGCUGGCCUACCUGAAGAAGAAUCACGAGGAGGAAAUCAGUGUCCUGAAGGGCCAGGUGGGUGGUCAGGUCAGCGUGGAGGUGGACUCCGCUCCGGGCAUCGACCUAGCCAAGAUCCUGAGCGACAUGAGAAGCCAAUAUGAGGUCAUGGCUGAGAAGAACCGGAAGGAUGCUGAGGCCUGGUUCACCAGCCAGACCGAGGAGCUGAACAGGGAGGUCGCUGGCCACACGGAGCAGCUGCAGAGCAGCAAGACGGAGGUCACCGACCUGCGGCGUACCCUCCAGGGUCUGGAGAUCGAGCUGCAGUCUCAGAUCAGCAUGAAAGCUGCCCUGGACGGCACGCUGGCCGAAACGGAGGCUCGCUUCGGAGCCCAGCUGGCGCAGAUCCAGGCGCUGAUCAGUGGUGUCGAAGCCCAGCUGAGCGAUGUGCGUGCCGACACCGAGCGGCAGAACCAGGAGUACCAGCACCUAAUGGACAUCAAGUCCCGGCUGGAGCAGGAGAUCGCCACCUACCGAAACCUGCUGGAGGGCCAGGACGCCUACUACAACGACCUGUCCACCCCGAAGGUCCUCUGAGUCUGACAGCCUCCUGGCCUUCCUACUCUGCUGCAGAGGGAUUCCCCUGGGUAGGGGCAUGGGAGGGGAGGGACCCUUAUCCCUGGCCCUCCCCCUGAUCUUCCAAUAAAACUUUAUGGCCCAAGGGAGGAAG